GCCCAGCCCCGCCGCCAAGCGCUGCGCCGCCAGCCAUCUCCUUGCCAUUGUCUCGCCUCCACACCUGCCCCGCGGGCCGGGCUGAGCCUGGCUGGGGGACGCGGUCCUACCAGGGUUCCGCGCGCCAGCCCGGUCCUAGGCCGGGGGUACGCAUGGGAGUCAGCGCCCCUGGCCCGAGGCUGGAGCAGAACGGCCAUGGCCACUGGCCGAGCCCACAGCCCCGCCCCGCACAGAGCGAGGAAGACGCCUCGAGUCCUCAGUGCCGUUAGCACCGCGCGCCGCCUGCCCCGCCUGUUCACGAGCACGUUCAGAGUCACGUGUCCCGGCGCCCUGCUGUGUAUUUCCGGGGAGGCUCCCUGAGGCCGGCAGGGGGCGCUGUAGUGGACGACACGGCGGCUGCGCCGGGCUCCGGGAAGCGGGUGGCUGGUGCUGAUCGCGGGCGGCGGGAGGCGGUAACAGCGCUGAGCGAUGGCCGGGGAGGACGGAGCCGCCGCCCCCGAGGCUGCGCAGCCCCCCGCGGACCCGAGCCCUGGCAGUGGCGGCGGCGGCGGCUACGACGGCAAAUGCGUCUUCUGCAGGAUCGGCCGCCGGGAGGAGCCGGGCACCGCGCUGCUGCCCUGCGAGUCUGAAGGCCUAGUCUGUUUUAGAGAUAUCAGACCUGGGGCCCCACACCAUUAUCUAGUAGUGCCAAUAGAGCAUAUGGGAAACUGCAAGACUCUAAAGAAAGAGCACAUACCACUAGUGGAGAAAAUGAUGGAAGCUGGAAAGAACAUCCUUCAGCAAAAUAAUUUUACUGACUUGAACGAUAUAAGGAUGGGAUUCCAUUGGCCUCCAUUCUGCUCAAUAUCCCACUUACAUCUUCAUGUCCUGGCCCCAGCCAGUCAGCUGGGAUUCUUGUCCAGGAUGAUAUACAGAAUCAAUUCCUAUUGGUUUAUCACGGCUGAACAGCUGAUUGAACGACUGCAGACUGAAAAUGCUGCCAGUUGAAAGCACCUUGCCUAGUUCUGGAUCACAAAUAAAUUUAGAUUUGUUCUUUGAACUCUGAUUAAGAUUAUACAGUUUGGUGCAACUAUUUGUGAGGUUUUUUUUUAAAAAAGGAAAAGCUUGAGUUGAUUGCCUAUUCCUUCAGGGCAAGAAACUUUUGAUUGUCUACCUAAUUCUUAAUGUAUGUGUACUCAAGUUUUCUGAUAAUAGAUGCAAAAUAUUUGAAUGGAAAAUAGAGUAAUAUAUAAAACACUAGUUCUAGUAAAACACAGUAUAAACAGUAAUGGUUUGAAUGUAUUAAACUGGGAAAAUUUUCAACAGUAACUGUUAAUAGCAUGUACACUGUACCAAGCUGAAUGCUUAAAAGUGGAAUCUAGCUUUUUUAUUUAAAAAAAAAUUUGGGGAAUGCAAUAGUGUUUAAAACGUACAGGUUUCCUUUAUACUUGCAUGAGUCAUGCUGGUGAUGUCUAGUUCUUAGUAGGUACAGUGCUAAAGAUAGACACUACUGUUUUUUGGUGCUAAACCAUCACGUAUCUUGCAUGGUAAUGGUCUGUAGCAAGUGCUAAACAUAACAUAUUGAGCCCAGAAUAUGAUGAUGCUUUAGAACAUAGAAUUUAGUUUAAAUGUGUGUAGGAAUGUUUAUAUGAUGGACUUGGAUUAAGAUUGUUACUCGUCUUGAAUAUUAAUUCCCUAAAUAAUUUAAUUGUACAUUUAAAAAUCUUGUAAAGAGUUUGGAUGGAUUGAAUUAACACACUUGCCUCUGGGCAUCAAAUUUAAACUAGAACCUAGAUUAAGGACUUGUCUACACAGUGCAUUAGUCAGCACUAGAAGAGCAGGUUGUAAAUUAUAGUGUGCAUUACUCUGUUGCAUACUAAGUAGCCUGUAUGGAUCCUGCUGGCAUGCACUAAAAGAUCCCUAGUGUGUGUGAAUGUAGUCCUGUUUCAAACAGUACUACAUUCACACACACUAGGGAAUUUUUAGUGCAUGCCAGUGAGGUUCACAUGGGCCAGUUAGUAUGCAAUAUGGUAGUGUGCACUAGAAUUUUACAUCCUUCUCGUGCAGGUGAACACACUGGGAAGACAAGCCCUAACAUAUGGUUCUACUGAAUGUCACUUGGAUUUACUUAUGCCAUGGCUAAAUUUGACUCCUAAAUAUUAUAGGUCACAAGAUAAAUUGUUCACUGAUGGUGGGUUUUGUUGUUUUUGAGCUCACCACACAAAAUGACCAUCUAAUCUGAUAGAUUUUGGCAUAUCUGGGACUCAGGCAAAGCCCAAAACUGAAAUACUCAUGUCAUGUGGUGUCAAGAGUUGCAUGAGGUGGUGUUCGCAGCGCCUGUCUGCACUGUCUGGCUCUAGCCAGUGCUGUCGGUCCCUCAUUUUUAUGAGCACCAAAUUAAUUCAGAUCAUUUGAAAAGAAGAUAAAAUUUCAGGACAAUAAUUUUAUCCCUUAUUUGUGUUGUUUGUUUGUUUGUUUGUUUCUACCAAACCAUUUUGCAUUUACCUAAUUGAAACCAGUGCCCUUAGCAUCUACGUAUUAACACCUGCAGGUUUCUCUGAGAAGUCUUGAAGUCCUUUCCACAGAUCCUGUUGCCUUAGUGAUGCAAUGUUUUGUAAUAUUUAUUUAUGUAACACCUUAUUUGUAUAUAGUACUUGAAGUAUUAAGAAUAUGCUGACCAAAGAACAAAAUUCCCUGCCAUAAAGAGCUUACUUCUGUCUAUCUUUUCUCUGAGACAUUGCACUUAGGCUAUGUCUGCAGUUGGAGCUGAGGGUGUGGUUCCCGGACAUACCUGUGCUAGUUUUGCUUAAGCUAGCAUGCUAAAAAUAGCAGUGUAAUUUAUGGUAGCGGGGCAGGCGUGAGCCGUCACAUGGGCUAGCUGCCCUGAUUGUAUCCCACCCGGACCCAGUGGGUACCUACUCAAGGCAGCUAGCCCAUGCUGCCACUUGCUGCUGCCUGUGCGACUCUGGCAACACUGCUAUUUUUAGCAUGCUAGAUUGAUCAAAGCUAGCACCGGUACAUUUAUGUGAGCUGGGAAACACCUCUUCAGCUCCAAAUAUAGAUGUAGUGUUAGUAUCUUGAUUCUCUUGUUACAGGGGAUUGGCAUGUAACUUACAGUACUUUGGAGUCUGGUUUAUUUCAGAUUGGUGCUAGGAAGACUUUGACUCAUUCCUUGCAAUAAUUAGGGAAUCAACUCACACAUCCUAACUUGAUUAAAAUAUUAGGAUGCCAAUAUAUUAAUAUCUUUUUUUAAAAGUGUUAAAAAUGCUGCUCAUGAAUAUUGUGGUAGUGAGUUAAUUUAUAUAACUAUACUUAACUGAUAUGCAUCAUUACAAGCUACUUUGAUGAGCCAGUUUUAAAAUAUUGUGGAAAAGCUUAAUAAAAACCAGAAAUAGUAGAUGUUAA